UGACUCAUAAAUUCCUUCCUUAUUUCUUUGCUUCUUCUUCAGCAUCAUGGCGUUCGCUGGAAAAUACGAGCUCGAGAGUCAAGAGAACUACGAGGAGUUUCUGGAAGUGAUCGGGCUUCUCAGCGCCAAGACCGACCACAAAGUGGUAACAGAGGUGGCCCAGGAUGGAAACGACUUCACCUGGACACAAACCAUCCCCAACUGGACCUGGUCGAACAAGUUCACUGUUGGUCAGGAGUGUGAGCUGGCGACAAUGACGGGCGCCAAGUUCAAGGCGCCUGUAACUAUGGAAGGUGGAAAGAUUACAAUACAGUUUCCUCAGUACCAUUUUACAGCAGAGAUCAUUGAUGACAAGCUAGUCAUGACUUGUGUAACUCCAGGAGAGAAGGGUGUGACUUUUAAAAGAAUCAACAAGAGGAUCUAAUGCUGCGAGACUCAACAUGCUUCAGAGGAAAAGAGGCUGCGGAAGGUAAAUCAUGAAAAGAGUUUGCUCCGGCUACUGUGAGGAGCACGUGGAACAGCUCUUGGCCUCACAGGACUGAAAUUUGUUAAUUUAACUUCACAGAAGUGGCGAAACUACAUCAUGUCAUGUAUUUUCACAUUGAUGAAACAGUUCUAACAGUGUUAAUGUGUGAUCCAAUUAAAAAGAAGUUUAAAUGGA